AGAUGGCUGAUAGCUGAAGUUCAAGGAAGAUGUUGUUGGUGUUGAAUUGAGAAAAGAGAAUUAUAAAUAAGGAGAUUCUUAAAUGAACAUUUCAAUUAAAUAGGGUCAUAACUAGAGGGAAUUGAAAAACAUGGACAUUUUCGAAAAGACCUAAAGAACCGGAUGAUAAAUGCACUAAUGAAACUGCCUAAUGCAGGAAGUAGAUAUCCUUUAGGACAAAUUUGGUUAACAUUUUUGAUGGAAACAAGGGGGAAGUCGUUCCCCCAGGCUUAGUAAUUAAUAUGGUCACAAUGAACUCUGAAAAGGCUGCUACCAAGCGCAAGCCAGAAUCUAACAAUGGGGGCUGCACAAAACUGAACAAUGAGGAACCUGUUAACUUACAGUCUGCAGGUACUACUGAAGAAUCACCAAACCAUCUUUUGUACAAAAAGAUGGAAAAAAUUGUUGAGAAAAUGCAAGAUGAAACCACAGGUGUGCCAGUCCGCACAGUUAAGAGCUUCAUGUCAAAAAUACCAUCAGUCUUUACUGGUUCAGAUUUGAUAAUGUGGAUGAUGAAAAACUUGGAUGUAGAAGAUCAGCAGGAAGCAUUACAUUUGGCUCAUUUAAUAGCAUCACAUGGAUAUUUCUUUCCAAUUGAUGAUCAUAUGCUCACUGUCAAAAAUGAUAGCACAUUUUAUAGAUUUCAAACUCCUUACUUUUGGCCAUCAAACUGCUGGGAACCUGAGAAUACUGAUUAUGCUGUGUAUCUUUGUAAGAGGACUAUGCAGAACAAGACACGUUUAGAACUUGCUGAUUAUGAGGCUGAAAAUUUGGCAAGGUUGCAAAAGAUGUUUUCCAGAAAGUGGGAGUUUAUUUUUAUGCAGGCUGAGGCACAAAGCAAAGUUGAUAAAAAAAGAGAUAAGUUGGAAAGGAAAGUUCUUGAUAGUCAAGAAAGAGCAUUUUGGGAUGUUCAUAGACCAAUGCCUGGAUGUGUAAAUACUACAGAAAUUGAUAUAAAGAAAGCAUGUCAAAUGAAUAAACCAAUACAUGGUGUGAAACAAUCAAAUAUGGCUCCUCCAAAAAUUUCACCUUCAACAUCUGGUUUAGUGCCUCCUAAAAAGUCUGUAGAACAACUCAAGAAACAAAUCAUAAUGCUGAAAAUCAGAAUUGAUAGAAGAAACAUCAAGAUAUCCAAAGCAGCUGAAUCAUUUGUGGCAUACUAUGAGCAAUACUUAGAAUAUGACAGUUUUUUCGCAGCAUCAGAGUGUCCAAAUCCUUGGAUAUCUGAUAGUCCUGAUUUGUGGGAACAAGAAAAAUUGGCAAAAGACAUAUCAGCACGUAGAGUUAAACGUUGGGCCUUCAGUUUGAAGGAACUACUUCAAGAUCCUGUUGGCAGAGAGCAUUUUGUUAAAUUUCUAGAUAAGGAAUUCAGUGGAGAAAAUUUGAGGUUUUGGGAAGCUGUACAGGAUCUCAAAGCUUUACCUCAGAGCCAAGUUCAAAGCAAAGCAGUGGAAAUUUGGACUGAAUUUUUGGCACCCGACGCUGGCUGUCCUAUCAACGUCGAUUCUCGUUCAAGUGAGCUUACGAAAAAGAACAUGGAAGUACCAGAUAGAUGGGGAUUCGAUUGUGCUGCAAAUCAUGUUUACCAUCUGAUGAAAAGUGACAGUUAUUCGCGGUAUUUGAGAUCAGAAAUGUAUAAGGAGUUCUUGAAUGGGUCAAAGAAAAAGACUUCAGUGAAAGGGAUACGAUCAAUAGUUUCAUUUUCAGCGCGAAAAGACAAUGUCAUUUAGUUUGACAAAAUGAUCGAAAAUGGCAUUCAAACAAAGAUUUAUCAGACUUGAUAAAUAAAACUAUAUCGACAAUACAAAAGGCCAUUGGCGGUUUUAUGUUGAUUUUUUUCUUAUGAUUGGAAGAAUUGAUAAUCACUUUGGAUUGGUGGUUCUGCAUGUUGGGAUGAGUUGAAAAAACAGACGGAUUACAGAUUGUUGUCAAUGAUAUUCGAAUAGAUAUUACCAGUGGUUAUGGUGACCCAGUAUUUGUCAUGAAAUUAAAUUGUUCAAUUUCACUUGUUCAUUAUUUUGGGUAAAUGUUGAUAUUGAAUUUGUGAAUAAUUAAUGUUGAUGAAUUGUAGUUGAUGAACCUGAUAAUUAUUUAUUAUAAAUGUUUUUUUGUCUAGUUAGUAAUGACAAACAAUAAUUGUGAUAGAAAGCACAAACCGAAAAAAGCUAAACUAAUAAAUAUAUACAGGGUAUCCUGAAAUUACAAUGAAAGAUUUCUACCACAGAUUCUAGGAACAAAAAUAGUAAAAAAACUUCAUGAACAUGGGUCCAGGAAUGCCCCAAGAUGGGUUAUUUCUGGACACAUGUUUAUAUGAACUUCUUUUAGCAUUUCUGUUCAUAGAAUCUGUGGUUGAAAUCUUUCUAUGCAAUUUCGGGGCACCCUGAAUAAUGACAUAUUUAUAAAAAAUCAACCUGUGGUAUGGCUGAUUUUUCAUGUGUGAAUGAUGAGUGGAUAAUGUGAUUCAUUUUUUGUUUUCUAUACUGUUGUUAUUUAUCUCCGUUUUUUUCGAAAAGUCAAGAGUUAUGUUUAACGCUUUGCAGUGUGGAAUAUUUUUGUUUACAAAAAAACACUGCCAUUUUUUAUUAUGAUGACUAGUGUUUACACUGCAAGGUUAGAGUCCGAGUACUUGAUAUCGAGUAAUGUUGUCUAAUUCACCAACGGAAAAUCGGACUCGAGUUUCGUUAGUAAAAGUAACACUUGUUGUUGGAUAUGGGACCCUAGUACUAGCUUAUUUGAUCGGUGCUCAAGUUUAUUUAUCAUAUUAUGUAAUGAUACAUGUGAAGACUAUAAUGUUAACUUCCUAUUUCCUCAAUACUAGCUGUCUCCUCUUUUCAAAAAUAAUUCUUGCAUUAUUUAUGUACAAUGGCUAGGUAUGUAAUUCUUUGUUAUUCAUGUGCAUAUCAUUAUUCCUCAUUGAGGCUUAAUUGAGUCUAGGACCGGCAAAACUAAGUUGUUCCAAUAUCGGCAUUCUUAUUUAAGACGUUCUAACUUCUCACGAACACUGAUUACUAAAAGCUGUAUACAAUGCUCAAUGAAAACAUACCAACUGGCACAGGCGGGUUAUUUAUCCACUAUACAGUGUGCCGACUUUAACUGGAAUGAGUUCGCUAGCGUCAACGAAUAAUAGUAAAUUACAUAACAAGUGUGGAAAGUGACAUAUGAAUACACUUUCAAUCGAGUUGUGUUCACUAUUUUUCCUACGAACAUAAAUAUAUAAUUUAAAAUACAAAUACAAGUUUCAAACAUUGAAUUGUUAUUAAUAUAACUUGUCAUAUAUCUUUUAUCUAUGUUAAAAUUAAUCUAACUUAUUAUUCGGUAAAUAAAUCAUAGUUUCUCUCCGAAGGAAAAAAAAUUGAAAGGGAUACGGUUUGGAAACCAUAUUUUUUAUUGAAUUCGAAGUUGUCGUGAGCUUAGCCGACAGCUACCACGCACCUCGAAAAUUAAAACUUGUUUUUUUGUUGCUUUUUUGUAUUUUAUUUAGGUAGGUGAACUUUGAUUUUGUGAAUCAAUUCAAAAUAGUCCGAAUUAAUUCAGAAAGUCGGACUCUUUUUACUUCUUUAUUGAAAUCCUGACUUUUCCAACCCUGCCCUGAAGAGAUAUAUUCUACAUAUUACUUGCAAAAUGUAGGAAAAUACAUUGAAGAUGUCGGGAAGUUUUAGUAAAAAUAUUCACCUCCCUGCUAGCAAAUUUAUUCCAGUUGAAAUCUCCAACAUAUAUUUUGACCCCCGUCAACCCUUUUAGUAAUGGAGCUAUUGAAUGUUGAUUAGUAUUCAAUUACAUCUUCUUGGUAAACCAAAUCAAGAUAUAAUUGCUCCGUAUUGGUCAAGUAAAAUAAACAUAUACCUAUUGGUGCUCUUUUCCAGAAUUCAAAUAAGUAUAUAGAGAUUGUUAGGUCUAGCUGUCAUACUUUUGAUAUCCCAUUUGUAAUUUUGGACCUUGGAAAUGCAAUAAGAGCAUUAAUAAUUUGAAGCAUUUUAUAGGCGAUAGUGGAGGUGUUUCACAAAUACUGAAAAUACUUUCAAGGCAAAUCUAGAGCAUUUUCAAGCUACAAUAUCUCAAAAGAUAUAACAGCUAGAAACACCAACCCCUAUUAGUAUAUUUGAUUUCAGUUUUCGUUUCACUUGAACAGUGGGGAUUUUAUAAAUGAAAUCCUGAAACUUUCGUUUCAGUUGUUCGUAGCUCUUUUAACAAAACAGUUGAAAGUUUCAAAUAAUCGAAUAUUCUAUAUAUAUAUAUAUAGUCAAGAGAUCGCGUGAUUUCAGCUUCGGUUUCUGUUGUAGCUAGGUAUUUCUUGAUUUUCGUAUUUUCAUUGGUUAUUUGAUUAAUACUACCUUGACACUCAGGUGGGAUGUUAGAUAACGUGUUAUAUAAGAGACAAAGCGGCAAAGAACGUACUUGUUCCGAAAUUAUGACAUCCAUACAUUAAAGCAAAUUUGCUGUGUCACCAUAUCACGUUCAGUCGUUCAGUCCAAAUACCUGUUGGUAUGGAUUCCUAUAUAUUCUGAUUAUGCCAAUAAUUAUAUAACAUACGCUUCAUUUUUUCAUAGCUGAGUAGUGGAAUGAGUACAUGCACUUGCUAUCAGAAUAUUAUUAUUAGUAUUCUUAUUUGGGACGUGACUUUUUUUGCAAUGCUAAACAUUCCAUAUUUACUCAUAAAGUGGGACAUUGUACUCAUUGGAAACCAAAGGCCGAACAAAUUUUUGUAUCAGAUUUCCUUGAUUGUAAAGCUGCAUGUACAUAUACAGUCAGUAGAUUAAGUACAUAUCAACGACCAUGUGAAAUUGGCUCAUUUCAAUAAACACGAAUAGGUAUCAUAACGAGGUAUUACCUACUGAAGUCCAUAGGCGAGCUUUAAAAAAGUGUGAAACUUUCGAAAGUUCGGUUGAGAUCGAGUUCAGCUGAGUAUGGCAAUCAACAACUACACAUUUUCAUUCGGUAAUGGAAUAACAACGAAUUGAUAAGUUAUCAUGUUGCCACUGAUAGAAAAUGAAAUUCAAGUAUGAAAAUGGUCAGUUGAAAUUGCAUACAACAAAAACAAUUUCCAAAUGUUCAGUGACGUCUAGAUUAAAAUAAUGUUAUCAUUACUCAAAUAUAAAUCAAACCUCGAAUACUUAUUUAUUAUACUAGGGAAAAAUCUAAUAUUUUUCCCGUGUAUAAUACACUAUUUUUUUCUGUGACAGGAAAAGGAACGAAUCAAUAUUAAGAAUAUAUUACAUUAUAUUAAAAUGAGAAAAUUAUCGACGAGAAAUUUGAAGUUUUCAACAGGAAUUACACCUGCGUUGCAGGCAUCCUUAUCAUUCUCUUGAAUUAAUCAAAUAUCUGUCGCAGUCUAAUUCUGUGAUUUGAUUUAAAAAAUUACGAACUUAGUGGUUGUUUAGUAAUUUUAAGUAACCGCGAAGUGGAAGGGAAGAUGAAUGGGCCUUGCAGUUCUUCCUCGGAGACUGUGUUAUUGGCUUAUUUUUCGGAACUAGCACAACAAAAGCCAUCAACAGAGUAUAUAUAUAUAUAUCCAUCUUCAGGGUUACUACAAUAGUUUUUUUUGUGUACAAUGACAGCAAUAUAAUGAAAUGUUCAAAUGGUACUUACACUAUGAGGUGUGAGUACCAUUUGAACAUUGCAUUAUAUGCAUUAUAUUGCUCUCAUUAUAAAAAAUAUAUUGUAGUAACCCUGAAGAUGGAAAUAUACAUUUCCGAAAGCUCGGACAAACUGUAAUGAGUUCACCUUCACUUUGCUGCAAUCCCCACUAGCAAACUAGUUUUAUCUCUAACGUGUCAGCAACGACUCCCCUUUCUUAUAAAUAUAUAUAUUUAUAUCCGGGAAAAGAGUAAUUUAGGAAAAGUGACAUUUUAUAACCUGUCAACAGAGAUGAAUUUUUUUUCCGUCACAGAAAAAACAUCUAUUUUUGUAUAACCGUUCGACUUCGUUGAACUGAAAGAUGGCGCUGAACGUAUUUUUUUUUAUUUGAAUAAGUGGAGUGUAACAGAGAUAAAGCUUCAUAGUUCAAUAUUGAUUCAGGUAGAAACAUACUCAAUCUAGAAUGUCUUAAUUUUUCAUGCGGACAUUGCACUGGAGCUACUAUAAUGUUUCAAAAUAUGCUAUGAAAAAAUAAUCCGAUUGAAGUAAUUAUACAUAAUAUGCCGAUAAAAAGUUUAGGAGAAUAUUGUUAAAUUGUAAAGGAAUUGAAAUCGUAUAAUUCACUCAAAAAUUGUCCAUAGAUAGAAUGAUUAUACGUCUUAUAGGUAAUAAAUAAUCAUG